AUGGAAUAUAUAACAAAGGUCGAGUGUUGGAGUAUUUCUAUUGAUCGGUCAUAUAGGCCCGGGUCGGACAUCCAAUUGCUUCGAUUUGCAUUAUCCGGAGGAUACCUUAUAUAUAUAUCAAAAAGAUGGACAAUCAAACUUCUUUUUCGAUUCAAUAGAAGCCUAAAGAGAUGA